AUGGAGAAUAUUGCAACUGAAAAGAAAUCAGUUGAAAACCAUGUUUAUUCAGUGUUGUCCAGAUACAAGAAGAAAUCUGGCUUGUUUUUACAUUUAAGAUAUAAAACAGAGUAUAAAAGAAGGGAGAAAGGACUAGAUCAUGACAAAGAAGUAUUAAAACCAAGAUUCCAGGCAGGUACUGAGUCAAUUUGGAGGCCACAAAUAUCAACUGAGUCAAAGGAUGAUUCUUGCAGCAGCAGUCCAUCUGACCAGUCAUUCCAGAAUGAAAGUAUUAUCAUUCCUUUAUUGAAAAAGCAGAAUUAUUUGGAAGUUGAGCAGUGUUCUAAUGAAUGGAGAGCACUAAGAGUUGGGACUAUCACUGCAAGCAAGGUUCCAUCUCUCCUAGAAUUUAAUGGUGUGAAAGAGUUUGACAAUGGAUGGUUUGCAAUAAAGAACAGAAUUGAUGAACAUGUUUUAAAUCCAAAAAGGAAUAAAUUACCAAAUUUUAUUAGAGGCAAGCAACAGGAACAAAAUGCAAUACAACAAUUUCAAAAUGACACAAAAAUGGGUGUCUCUCAGUGUGGGUACUUCAAACAUCCUUCUGAUAGCAGAUUUGGAGCCAGUCCUGAUGGAGUGAGCACUGGGCGGCAGCAGUUUUUGGUUGAAAUAAAAACCCGAUCCCUUCCCAAUAACACCCAGCUAGAAAAACUAAACGAAGAGGAAAAAAACAAGAAAAUGGAGAUUGCAUUGAAACCAUUACCACAUGUAAGAUGAUGGAUUAUUACAUUGUUGAAUAUUUCACCAACAUAUCAAUAAUUAAUCUCCCAAGUUAACCAUAAAUGCUGAAAGUCAGUACUUUAUUGAGUGACAGUACUCAAUACAAGCAUUGCUAUCAGAGUAGGUCUUCCUCCUUCCACCCUUAUCCACACCCACAAAUAUUUUUGAACCCAUUAGCAUACAUUGUAGCUCAAUAGACAUCUUUACCUUCUUUAUUUGUUAGGUCCACUUCAGACCACGUAGUGCCACUUUUGGGAGUUGAUUCUUUUAUUUGUAAAUAUUUUAACAAAAAAACAAAUCUCAAGGGAAUGACGUGAUCUGAAAUAGGCAAUUUGCAUACUAAGUUGAAAACAGUGAGAAAAUAUCACAGGAUUCAAGUUUCAUAUUAUUAUAUAUUGCAGAUCACAGGAGCUCACUUGUACCAGUGUCACCUUCAGAUGGAGUGCACACAAACAGACCUGACCUAUUUAAUGUCAUAUGUUCCUGAGACAAAAGUUGCUACCUAUUUCCCUGUUCAAAAAAAUCACAUUUUAUGUGAGAUCAUGAUGGAAAUAUUAAUACAUAUAUAUGAAAACAAAUCUUUCCAAGAUCCCUGGGCACAUUUUGAGCAUCCACAUCUUAAAAAGUUGGGUAAUCAGCUGGUGGGCUCAGUGCCAAGUUUUGAAAAUACCCGCCACUUCCGAUCCUGGGUUAAUUCUGUAGCAAAGUCUACACUAUGCAUUUCUUUUUAA